AUGGACCGCUGGCGAGGCAAGGUCGCUCUAGUGACUGGCGCCUCGGCGGGCAUCGGACGCGCCGUCGCCAAGGAGCUGGUGCAGCAGGGGCUGGUCGUCGUGGGCGUAGCCAGGAGGCUCAACCUGCUAGAGGAGCUGUCUCAGGAGGUGUGCCAGCUGUCGCUGCCGGGCCAGCUGGUGCCGCGCCAGCUCGACGUGACCGAGGACGAGGCGGUCGAGGCGACCUUCCGCUGGGCGGACGACACCCUGGGCGGCGUCGACGUCCUCGUCAACGCUGCCGGCGUCACCUCCAGCUGCAGCCUCCUGGACGGUUCCCCGGCUGAGUGGCGGCGCCUGCUCGACGUCAACGUGGUGGCGCUGUGCCUCUGCACCCGGGAGGCCGUGGCCUCCAUGCGCCGCCGCCAGGUCCAGGAGGGGCACAUCGUGCACAUCAGCAGCUACUCGGCGACGGUGGUGCCGCCACAAGGCAGCCUGCACUUCUACAGCGCCAGCAAGCACGCAGUUCGCGCUCUCACCGAGGGGCUGCGCCACGAGCUGGGCGACUGCAGCAGCGCCAUCAGAGUCUCUAGCGUGUCUCCUGGACUGGUGAAGACAGACAUCUACACGGCAGCUCUUGGGCCUGAGUUCUCCGAGCAGGUGUUCGCUGACAAGCCGCACCUCUUGCCGCAAGACAUAGCUUCGCUGAUCUCCUACCUGCUGUCUGCACCGCCACACGUCCAGGUACAUGAUAUAAUUGUGAAACCACUUGGUGAGAAGAUAUAGAAGUAACAUCAUCAAACGAACGUCUUUUUGUGCCACACACUCUAU